GCAGCAGCAGCAGGAGCAGUGCACGUCUAUCAACAUCAAACCCAACAUCAUCAUCAUCAUCGUCUUUGCAAUUUUCAUCAUCAUCAGCAGGCGACCGGCCUAGCGAUUAUCCAUCAGAUACAAGAGCCGAGAGUCGUCCUGGCGCAUCGCAGCGCUUCUGCCGCUGUCAGUUUCAAACGAAACACGAACGCGUUUGGACGCAGGCCGGCGCAACAACCGACCCGACACAAAAUAGAUGCGAAAAUAAUCAAAUACCAAACGAAAAGGCAAAGAUUAAAUAAACAAUAGACAGCCAGCCAGUGUUAAACAACCCGUGCAAGUGUUGCAAAACAACGCAAACUUUGUGACAAUUAGAAAGUGAACUUAUAAAGCGAACACCCUGAACAUAUCCACAAAGAAAGAAAGAAAGAAAGAAAGAAAGAAAAGAAAACAAUCUAAAUAUAUACCCUAUCAUAUUGUGAAAAUGGUUAUGUCGGAGCUACAUUGGCGAACUGCUAGUCCCGAGGAUAAUAACAAUUCCUUGAAGCAUGAUCUACUAAAGGCCAACAACAACAGCGCCCGCGACGCUGCCGUCCACAUGAUGCAGAAUCGAUAUAUCAGCCGACUGUCGCGUUCGCCAUCGCCGCUGCAAUCGAACGCUUCAGAUUGCGAUGACAACAACUCGAGCGUGGGCACCUCCAGCGAUCGCUGUCGGUCGCCCUUGAGUCCGGCUCUGUCGCUGCAGCAGGCGAAGCGGCAGCUGCUCGCGAUGCAGCCGCAUCCGGCGCACCACCAUCAUCACCAGCACACGAAUCACCAUCAGCAGCAGGUGUACAAGCUGGAGCAGCCGGACGAGGAGUACGACGAUGCCAACGGCGGCGCCCUCAAUCUGACCAGCGACAAUUCGCGGCACAGCACACAAUCGCCGGCGAAUUCGAUCAAAUCGACGGCUGCCACGCCGCCGAGUCAGUUGGCGGCGCCUCUGAUUUCGCCCGUGCUGCCGCCCACCGUGGGCACGCCCACCACAAUGGCUGCGGCGGCGGCGGCGGCAGCGGCAGCCGUCGCCACGAGCGUGGCAAGCGGCAUGCAACCGCUGCUCGCGCUGCCCGGGCUGUCCUCGCCGCAGGCGCAAUUCGCCGCGGCCGCCGGGCUGGGGCUGACAAAUCCGCUGCUGACGAGCUCCAUUUCGCCGCAGGACUUUGCCCAGUUCCAGCAGCUGCUGCAGCAGCGUCAGGUGGCGCUGCAGCAACAGUUCAACAGUUACAUGGAGCUGCUGCGCAGCGGCUCGCUGGGCCUGCCGCAGGAUGAUCCUGCGCUGGCCACACAGGUCGCCGCGGCCCAGUUCCUCAUGCAGAGCCAGAUGCAGGCGCUGGCCCAGGCCACGCAGCAGCUGCAGGCACUGCAGAAGCAGCAGCAGGAAUCGCUAUCCCUCUGCAAAUCGCCGCUGCUGCAGCCGCGCAGCUCCACGCCGCACGCCCGCAGCCCGGCGCCGGUGCGCAGUCCGGCCAGCUCGCCGCAGGCGGUGCAUCAUCCGCUGCAGAUAACGCCGCCCAAUUCGGCGGCCAGCCUGAAGCUGAGCGGCAUGCUCACGCCCAGCACGCCCACGAGCGGCACCCACAACCUCAGCCACAGCCACAACCACAGCCAGACGCCGCAGCCGAAGACUGUUGCCAGCGCGGCGGCGGCACGUGCCGCGGGCGAGCCCUCGCCGGAGGAGACCACCGAUCUAGAGGAGCUGGAGCAGUUCGCCAAGACGUUCAAGCAGCGUCGCAUUAAGCUGGGCUUCACCCAGGGCGAUGUCGGCCUGGCCAUGGGCAAGCUCUAUGGCAACGACUUCUCGCAGACGACCAUCUCGCGCUUCGAGGCCCUAAAUCUCAGCUUCAAGAACAUGUGCAAGCUGAAGCCGCUGCUGCAAAAGUGGCUGGACGAUGCCGAUCGCACCAUCCAGGCCACCGGCGGCGUCUUCGAUCCGGCCGCGCUGCAGGCGACGGUCAGCACGCCGGAGAUCAUUGGUAGGCGGCGCAAGAAGCGCACCUCGAUUGAGACGACGAUUCGCGGUGCUCUGGAGAAGGCGUUCAUGGCCAAUCAGAAGCCCACCUCCGAGGAGAUCAGCCAGCUGGCCGAUCGCCUCGGCAUGGAGAAGGAAGUGGUGCGCGUCUGGUUCUGCAAUCGCCGCCAGAAGGAGAAGCGCAUCAAUCCCUCGCUCGACAGCCCAACGGGCGCCGAUGACGACGAGUCGCCCUAUAUGCUCCACUAGAGCUGCCGGCCAGUGCGAAAGAACGCAACUCCAAGAUUGGGACACAGACAGUGCAAUGUGCGCAGACCAUAGAAAAAGAGCGCACAGCUUAACUAACUAGAAGCAGGUUCAAAGUCGCAAAACACAUCAAAUAUUAGCAUAAUUCUUCACUAUGAUUCGGUUUCGAGAACCAAUCACACACGCACACACACACACACACACACACACACACACAAACGCACACAUGUGGCUCUGUGUUUUGUUUUAUGUUAACUAUUAUCGGUAUUUAUUAUAACAAAUUAAAUAUAUAUAUAUAAAAAAAACUUGCAUAAGAAAAGUAGCGCAAAAUGUCGCUGCUCAAGUGAACUGGAACUUGUUCACUUGAACACCAACAUUUUGCACCUAAAAAUUAAUGCGAUUGCCCACUGUGCGCGGGCAAAUGUAUUGAAUUUUUGAAUAAAAAUAUCCUGUUCUACACGGCGUAUGAUUAACAUUUAAGUAAACUUUAGCCUAAGACAUCUUUCUGUGUAGGUUAACCACGCGGUGUGUGUAAAAAGCGCCGUUCUUCAAGUCAGUAAAAAACAGUUUCUAGCGAAUAAUUUCACUAACAAAAUAAUAAACAAAAAUACAAAAUGGGAGAAAUAUUUUAAAAAUUCAUGAAACCAACUUUUAAGCAUAUUUAUUUUUUCGUGAAUACUGUGAUAAUCAAUUGAAUGAUUUUUAAUUUUAAUUUAAACAAAAACUAAACAACAAAAGAAAACAAAAACAAUAAAUAAUUAGCAAUACUUUGUAUGUUAUGGGCAAGCAAACUAACAAUUCAAGAAAUUAAAAAACAUUCUUAAUUUAAAUUUAAAUUAAUCAUAUAAAAGAGGAAAACAUGUAACGGA